GCGCUCUCGCUGGUGCCGCCUUCCCUCCGGCGGCGGCGGGAGGAGGAGGAGACAAGAUGGCGGAGGCCGCCUCCGCCGCCGCCCUGGCCCCGCACCGCUUCUUCUGCCACAGCUGCAAGGGAGAGGUCAGCCCCAAGCUGCCGGAGUACACCUGUCCCAGGUGCGAAUCGGGAUUUAUUGAAGAAGUGACUGACGAUUCCAGUUUCCUCGAAGGCGGCGGCGUCGGCAGCGGGAUCGACGACAGCCCUUCCACUCCCUUUGCAGAGUUCUGGGACCAGUUGGACCGCUCGAUGGUCUUCCCGUUGCUGAGUGGCGGGGGAGGCCUGGAGGCGGCGGAGGGGAGCGGCCCCCGGGAGAGCGAGCGGGGACCCCCGGCCCACCCCACCGACCUCUGGGGCCCCGGGCGGCCCCCCCGGCUCCCCGUGGCACGACGCUACCGGGCACGCUACAGCUCCCGCCCUGAGAGGUCGCCCGCCAUCGAGGGGAUCAUCCAGCAGAUCUUUGCGGGCUUCUUUGCCAAUUCGGCCAUUCCGGGCUCCCCUCCUUCGCCUUUCUCCUGGGGUGGGACCUUGCACUCGAGUCCCGGAGACUACGCCUGGGGACAGAGCGGCCUGGAUGCGGUCGUCACACAGCUUCUGGGUCAGCUGGAGAACUCGGGGCCCCCUCCAGCCGAGAAAGAGAAGAUCUCCUCCCUCCCGACAGUGACGGUCACUCAGGAACAAGUCGAUACGGGCCUGGAGUGCCCCGUCUGCAAGGAGGACUACACCUUGGCGGAGCAGGUCCGGCAACUCCCCUGCAACCACUUCUUCCACAGCAGCUGCAUCGUCCCGUGGUUGGAGAUGCACGACACGUGUCCCGUGUGCCGCAAGAGCCUCAACGGGGAAGACUCCACGCGACAAGGCCCCGGCCUGGAGCCCUCUUCGGCCGGUGGCCCUUUCGGCAGUGCUGGACGCCUGGACGACCGGUGGACUUUCUAACGGGGGGGGGGAUUUUAGGGGACCGCCUCUUUCCCGUAGUUCUCCGUUUGCGUGAUGCAACCUCACAAAACCCAAGUAGCGAGAAUAAGAGAGAGAGAGAGAGAGCGACGAGCGAAGGCAUCCGAGAUGGCCGCCUUCCCGGAAACCACUAACCCUCGCCGUCACCCUUUGCCGUUCCAAAAAAUUCAACGAGAAGGAAGGAAGAGGUCGUUUCCUCAACAUUUUCAGAUCUUUCUUUCUCCCGUCUUCCAAAAUCCGAAACGAGAAGUUGAGGAAAACCCAUCGAAAAGAUUCCCGUGAAUCCGUGUCGCUCCUCCCGAAACGCAACGGGGAUUUAUUUACUCGUUCCGCCUCGACCGCGACGUACAUCAGAUUUUCUAUUCCGUUUUCAUCCGAUGCGGCGACCGUUUCUUAACUCGCACUUCUAAUUCCCCUUCGAGAAAGAAAACUCGCCAAGAACGGAAGGAUUUUUGCAGGUAAACGACUCCCGACGAACUGUGAAGCGACGCGCCUCUAGUGAAUCUAUAUAUACAUAUAUAUUCUUCCUCUUGCUGCUGCCUCGUUUCUUCUUUGGUUUGUUUCCUCUUUGACCGCUUCUUUAAAGAGACUCCUUUCUGCUGCCUUGAAAAACGGACCAGAUUUGAUUCCAACCUCCAAAGACUACUAAUAUUAAUAUUAUUAUUAUUGUUAUUUUUGCAGGAAGUUCUCUCCCGCCGGUAUUUAAAAACGAGAAUGUCAUUUGUCUGCUGUCAUUAAAAAAACACACCCCUUUUUUGUGUCCCUUUUAAGUGCUUCCCACACCCCUUAACAUUUUGCAAUGUAUUAUUUUUCCCCCCUUUUGGGGUUUUAACUUCAGAAUCAUGUCUUAAAAGGGAGGAUUUGGAGGUCAAAAUGGCUCCCCCAAAUCCCCGUAAAUUGAAAGAUAACCCGACAUAAAGGAUCAUGACCCUGGAAUCCAACCUUCCGUUGUCUUCUCUUUGCUGUCCGAAAUAGAAUAAAACUCUUUAAUAAUAAA